AUGUCCUUCGGAGGCCAAACGCCGACGAUUAUCGUCCUCAAGGAAGGAACCGAUACUUCCCAGGGCAAGGGACAGAUCAUCUCCAACAUCAAUGCCUGCCUCGCCGUCCAGGCUACAAUCAAGUCCACUCUAGGUCCUUACGGCGGUGACCUUUUGAUGGUUGAUGAGAAUGGCCGACAAACUAUCACCAACGACGGCGCCACCGUGAUGAAGGUUCGAAGCGCUCGAUAA